GAGCUCGACCGAGUGAUAUGAGGCCUGUGGUGAGGAGUGAAGCCUGAGUUAGAUUACCCCUCCCAUCGAGUAUGCCAAGAUGGCGCCCAUUUCCUGCUCCCUAGCUAGUAAACAACACGCCCUGUAAGCUAGUCUGCCCAGCAACAGCUGACGCUGGCCAAUCAGCUCGUCUUGCCUACUUUGAUGUGAUUGGUCGAUGUGUCCAUAUAUAUGCUGACACCACCCCUGGGGCGAGAACACACACCAAGAAGAGGGACUGCUGAGAGAAGCACACAAGGAGCCGUAGGGAACGGACCAGAGGAGGCUUCCCUCAGGCGGGAUCCGAGAUCCCGGAACAGGGCGUACGGAGAGAGAAAAUAAAUCAGAGGCUAUCCGCCGACUACUCGUGUCGUGUGUUUUCUCCUGCCGGCCGGGAUCGACACCGACAUUUGGUGGCCCGUACGGGGAACUGAUCACCCCCGAGGCGAGGCGGACGACGCUCCAGUAUUGCUCUGCAGGACAGGAACCAGGACGAGAACCAUUGUGGGUCCCAGAACGGCUGACGCGUGUGGCGAAUCCAACGAAACAUAAUGCAGGAGACACUCCAAAACUCAACGGCAGCGGACAGCCUAAUCAAGAUCGGUCCGACCAGGAUAUUGCUGCUCGACCGAGGAAUACCGUAUGACUUAUGGGACACAGUAAUGAUUAUGCUCUCGAUAGUAAUUGGCUCUCUUUUAGGGUACGGUGCAGCCAGAGUGGCUAGGCCACGCCGCCUUCCGGCAGCCCCCUUCCUUCUGGUUUUGAUGCUCACCACCACUACUGAAAUAGGAGCAGACUUGGUGUGGGCAGCAAUACAUCAUCCGCCAGCGCUAGCCGCUAUCUCCACCACAGCCCCCUCUUUCCCAAAGUUGUAUGCAAAAAACUGCUCCGCCAGAUUGCCUUGCAUACCAGAUAUACCGUUAACCAUCAGACCCAUACGUUUUGACCUUCCCAUCACCAAUGACGUGGUCAUUUUUUCCACUAAUAGUAACCCCUCGUGUCACCGGGGAUCCUGCGUUAGCUUCCUGCCCCUCCUUGUAAAAUGGUACAAUACCUCCCUGACGGUGAGGUUGUCUGUCCCAUCCCUGCAUUCGCCUGGAUGUUUUAAAGCUGGCACACUUAGCGGCGGAGUCAUCACUUUUAACUCAACCUGCAAACCCCGAGCAGCCAUGCACACCCGUCCCGAUUUCCCCACAUGCCCAUACCGUGUGUCCCCAAGCCGAAAAAGACAGAUGGUGGACCUGUCACAACUUUCAUGGCAGCCCUGUACUGUCGACGGCGUGGGAGUGACUCAUCUAAACAUGUCUUGGUGGUCCCGGUUCUCUCCUCCAUCCGGUAGUAACAACAUAUUCGCGUUGACCUGGUGGGAGUCCUACCUGAGAGUGAACAACAAGUGGGCAAUAAGCUUCCCCUUCCCCCUUAAUGAAAAUUGGUUGUGCCUCUCCACCGGAGCCUGCAUGGACUUAAGACCCAUGCUCGCUAUUAACGCUUCUGCCUCUAAUGGAACCACCAAUGUCACCCUUAAUUCUGAGGCUGCAUGCGUAAAACCGCCCUACUUAUGGGUAUUCUCUGCUGACAUUUCCUUUAAGUGCAGUAACCAACCAUGCUUUACAGGGAACUGCUGGAAUGGGUCUUUCCCGUAUGCUAUGUUGGCUCUUCGACCCCCACUGAUGUGGGUUCCCUUUAACGAAUCUGUUUGGGUUCAUCCCGUCUAUCAGCAGGACCAACUACCCAUGCUCAGACGUAAGAGAGAUUUUGGGAUCACAGCGGCCCUGACAGCACUGUUCGUGACUCUGACUGCGACGGCUGUGACGGCUGCCGUUGCUCUGACCCAGUCUACGCUGACGGCCCAGGCCUUUACCAAUCUUACGGACACCACCUCCCUGGCGCUGAGGGAGCAACAAGAAGUCAACCUCCUCCAGCACAACGCCAUAAUGGCGUUACAGCAGCAGAUCGACCUAAUCGCUCAGGAAGUCCAGGGACUCUGGGAGGUGGCUAACAAUUUAUGUGACGCCAGAUGGGCAUUCACCCAGUUGUGCGUUACCCCCAUCCAGGUCAACCGUUCGGCUUACAGGCAAUUUCAGGAUUAUGUUCUCACCACCUAUAAUUCUUCCUUUUGGAACGCUAGCGUGCGCCUGGAUAUGACUAUCCGGCAGCUAGAUCAGAUAGAGGUGCCUAUACUUACAGCCUCCUUUUUUGAUGAUGUCCUAAGCCAGAUAGGCUCCUUCUUCAAGCCUUCGUCACUUCUUGCGUAUGGGAUCAUUCUUGCUCUUGUGAUUGUCACUCUCGUGACUCUUAGGUGCCUGCGGUCGAUAAGGGCGACCCAAAAGACACAUAUGACAUUGAUGAUGUUGCUGGCCCAGAGUCAAGGGGAUUCCACACCUAGCGUUUUCUGGGCUCAGGCUAGAAAGGCACGGCUCCUUUAACCAGUACGUGGCUGCCCUCGCCAUUAUUCUUACGGAUGUUCUAGUAUUAUUACGUACGUCUCCUUCCCCGUCGCGGCUGCGAACUUAGACUAGAAGGACCCCACGCUUAAGGCGUGUUCCCAUUGAUAAUUAGAAAAUAGUAAUUAGUGAUUGUAGUGAACGGGGAUUAUGGUUGGUAAUUAGUGAUUACGCGGUUCCUCAAAUGUCACUCGGCUGACCCCUCCGUGUCUCCCCCAAGAUAUAAGCUUUAAGAGUUGAGUGGGCAAGCCAACGACGGGUAAGACGGGAGAAGUUCUCCUGAUCAACCUAAGACAGGCUCUACUCCGAGGGUCCUCUAGGGAGUGAGAGUUAUGGCAUUGAGAUGCGAGACCAAGGGUACUGCAGUGCCAUCCGCCUCGAGGGUCGAGGGGAAGGCAGGAAUGAAUGUCUAUAUGCAUCCAGGUUCGGUUCAUAAAAGCCUGGCCCUGCGAAAAAAUGAACCACUCACCUUGAGCAUGGUCCUGGCGCAAGGAUAUGUACGAGACAAGGUGAUGCACAGCAGGGUAUAGACCUCUACAUUCUCUCAUGCCUCGGCCUGCGAAAUAGGCCCACUCCCAGACACCUCACAUGGACCCACAGACCACACUAUCUUAAUAAAUAAAGAAGGGGGAGAUGUUGGGAGCUCGACCGAGUGAUAUGAGGCCUGUGGUGAGGAGUGAAGCCUGAGUUAGAUUACCCCUCCCAUCGAGUAUGCCAAGAUGGCGCCCAUUUCCUGCUCCCUAGCUAGUAAACAACACGCCCUGUAAGCUAGUCUGCCCAGCAACAGCUGACGCUGGCCAAUCAGCUCGUCUUGCCUACUUUGAUGUGAUUGGUCGAUGUGUCCAUAUAUAUGCUGACACCACCCCUGGGGCGAGAACACACACCAAGAAGAGGGACUGCUGAGAGAAGCACACAAGGAGCCGUAGGGAACGGACCAGAGGAGGCUUCCCUCAGGCGGGAUCCGAGAUCCCGGAACAGGGCGUACGGAGAGAGAAAAUAAAUCAGAGGCUAUCCGCCGACUACU